AUUUGUAUUUUCCUAAUCGAGGAGGACAGUCCGGAAUUCCAGACCCUAAUCAGACCAUCGAAAUUCACGGGGGAUAUCCGGAGGUCUCAGUCUUAUAGCGAACAAGGAAACACGAGUUCCACGGAUAUCGAACCUUGUGAUUCACAUACAGAUGAGCUAAUUGAACCCCCAAUGACAAAUACCACUACCACGACAACGGAACGCACGUGCAACAAUCUACCAACUGUUACGUUCGUGGAACUGACAGAGGAGUGCAAACUUGUCACCGGAUUGACGGAUGAAAUGAUUGUCGACUCCGGAUCGUUGAAUGAUGCAAUUUACAAGAACUAUCUCCGCGAAUUGUCCUGCAAUUCUUGGGAUGAUGAAACCAGUUCUGAUGGAAUACAAACGUCUCCCACCAACGGAACUCCUAGUGCACCUACAGACGACGCGAAUACUAUUACCAAUAUGGAUUUGGGAAGUGAGUUUGGAUUUCAGCAUCCAUCGGCAGACGCUAGUGAUGAGGUGACGGGUGGGGGAACAAACGUUUCAAACGAUGUGCCAUCAUCAACAACCCAGGGCAUGCAACAACGAUCGGAGAUCGGACGUUUUCAUGCUCCAUCCAUUACUCCAGGAUUGUGGCCCAUAGAGUACUGUCGGUCGAUGGCCGGCAUCAUUGAACGAAUGUCAGUGGACGGUGCUGAUUGGAGUAAAUGUGAGCUAAUUCAGGCCUAUUAUCAGCCAGCAAUUGUCGGCAUCAAUAUAUCACAGGGCGGAAUAUCAUUAGUUUUAAGCAAAAUUGGACGACGUAACGGUGAAGCUCUGAUUCGAUUUACUGACCGGGAGCAACGAGAUUUGGCACUUCGAAAGCAUAAGCACCACAUGGGACAGAGAUAUAUUGAGGUUUACGCGGCCCAAGGAUCAGAUUUCAUUGCUUUUGCCGGGGGAGAAACCGAAGAGGCUGAACAAUUUCUACGCAAGUUCACUAGUCCAUAUCAAGCGUUGAUUCGCAUGCGUGGUCUGCCAUACACCGCCACAACAGAUCAAAUUAUACAAUUUUUUGCAAAGGCCAAUUGUCCUGUUCAAUUCGGUGAAGAAGGUGUACUGUUUGUCAAUCGCCGUGAUGGACGGGCUACCGGAGAUGCGUUUGUAAUUUUCGAAUCGCAAGCUGUGGCCGAGGAAGCGUUGAAAAGCCAUCGGCAACAUAUUGGUAACCGAUAUAUAGAGCUUUUCAAAUCUACUCCGGCUGAAGUGAACCAGGUCAUGAAUGCUGUUCUGAAUCCACCAGAAUCGUUAACAACCAACUGGAACGGUCUUGCAUUAGACGUUGAAUCUGCCCUCAAUGCAGCUGCUGCUAUGGCAGCUGGCUCGUUGAUUGACUUAGCGGGCACCCCGAAUUCGGUUGAAUAUUCUAACAACCUUGAACAUCAACCCAAUACAGACCUUCUUUCACAUUUCACCUUCAAUUUGUCACCACAAGCUCUUGGCCUCGGAUGCCAGUUGCUUGGUCCUGGUCCAUCAUUCCAUCCUUUUACCGGAUCUGGGAACGUUUUAGUACCCUCCUACUAUCAACCUUCCAAUUUCGGGUCGAUGCCAGUGUCCAAUAUAGACCCUAUGUUUUACUCGACCGACCACCUGCCAUCGUUUAACCACAUUCAAGCAAACUCGGUAUUGUUGUCCACGGAUUCGGGAACGAACAACUUGAGUUCGUUUGCCUACCCUGUGCCGCUAGUCAGUUUGUCAACACCUUCCGGUGUGACGCAUACCACCACAUCAAUCACUGGCAGCCAACCGUCUGUUUGGCCAUAUUCCGGUCAGACUAACCAAUGGGCGCAGUGGGCCGCGGGCGGGUUGAACCUACCCAUGGAUCAUUUGGCGAAAUAUUUCAUUCGUAUCAAGGGGAUGCCACUAGACACCGAUAUUUUAGACAUACUGGCUUUCUUGGAGGACAGUUGGCGAAAUGUGGCUUUGCAUGGUGUGCACCGAGUUUACAAUAUUCUGUUUGUCUCUGAAUACGUGGCACAGUCAGUUGUGGAACAAAAAAAUGGAACUCUAUUCAUACGUCGCGGUGCUCCAAUGAAUUCCACAGCUUUUGUCGAAGUGCAUCAAUGCACAAGCGAAGACCUGAAGCAGCUAUUGGUCACAAUUUUGACUAUGCUUCAAAAUGUUGCCACCACAGAUAACAGUUUGAUCCGACCUGCGCCAACUGUGUUAAACGGGUUGAAUCCCCUGGUGCCAUUGUCUGUGCCAACUAUUCCUUUGUCGAACCCGACAACUUUAAGUAACCCACCGUCCAUGAUCCGUCCUUCUCGAAUGGGAAACGUUGGUCGAUACGUGCCUGAUGUUUGUCCGAUUAGUAUAAACACUCACCAUGGAUUGCUGACAGUGAGAUCGUCAUCAAUGGCGCCAACACCACCCAUAACUCAACCACCAACCGCUAUGACAGCUACAACCGCCUCCUUGCCGCUCACAUUUUCACAGUACUCUGCAACACCACUGACCACACCGGCAAUGGCAGGAAUAGCGAGAUCAGAGGACGUGAAUUCAGUGCCCGUGGCUCCGGUGCUGACUCCGAACUUACAACCUGGAUCAUUGGUUGACCUUCCGUCACCAAUGUUAUUACACGGAAUCUUACCCUCAAUACCACCACCUCAGUAUGUGAGCCCAACUGCCCCGGGAGCGAUCGCGACGGGAACAUCCUUACAAACCGUGGUAACAAGCAUUUCCACCGGAUAUCGGGAUAUGAACAACUCGGUUGUCCCCAGGUCUAUUCAAGCGCCGCAUCUGGAACCCGCAACACUGACAAUUAGUCCACAGAUCAAACUGGAGAAGUCCACGGAUGAGUUCCAGAUCAGCGGGUUCGACGGAAAAUUCAUGGAUGAUGGGAAGAAGUUAGAUAACAAAGGUCCAAUCGUCGUGAAUCCUCAGGAUCAAGCAGUGGUUCAGCUGAAAGGGUUACCGAAAGAUGUCACACUGCACGAGAUUGCCGGUCUAUUUGGGGAGAAAAGUUUUAACCUGAAGCUCUCGUCCAUAAAAAUGGAAUACACCAGUGACGGAGUGCCCAAUGGUAACGCGUCAAUCUUGUUUCAAUCCCGAGCGGAUGCAGAGUGUAUCAUUCGGACCGCGGACAGUGUGCUGCUACGAGGUUACCGGGUCCAGGUGCGGAUAAUGAGCAAACGUUGA